GCUGGACUAACAUGUUUGAAAAAGACACCUACCAACUAUCAUAGUAACUACUGAUUUAUUACUGCUGACAAUUUUAUAUAUGUAAAAACAAUUAACUGGACCUUCUAUGUGAGGUAUGGCUGGAAGAGAUCUCUACCCAACCCUGCCUGAUGGGCGAGGCUCAUUUCGAGUUGGUGCAAACAGGCGUGUUGAACUUUCAUUACAAAAGGAAUUGGAUGAUGUUGCUCACAGAUCAUUAGCAGAAAUCUCCAGCAGGAAGGAGGCUGUCAGGCUUGCACCUCUCACCGAUGAUCAGAUUACUGCAAAGAAACUUAAACCUGAAUUCAAGCCACAGAAAGUUCGUGAAAAGAAAAAGACAGUGCCAGUCUUUCACGAUGAUCUGAAGCCAACCUCCUAUACUAAGGAGCACUUCCAGCUGAUUCCCAACAUCCCUCCCUACAACCCCCUGGACAAGCAGCGCCACCCAGACGUCCCAGACAAGAUGCGGAAGUUCCCCUAUGCCAGGGAGCACACUGUUACUACAGCAGAUUUGAAGAAAGCUCAUGUGUCUUCAGUGGGAGUUGUACCAACAAGAGCAAGUGCAAACUUGGCUGAUCUGAAAGUACUUUUGAAAGGUGCCCCAGCUGCAGCCAGUGUCUUGCAAGGGGAGAUAACUCUGUUAGAAAUGGAGCAGGCCAACCAGGCUGAACCUGCCACGCCCCCUCCCCCCUCGACAGACAUCCCUCGCAUUGUUCUGAAUGACAAGAUCUACCGUCUAGAAGAAGACACCAAGGCAGAGGCCGAGAAGAAGAAACCUGCCAUCUUGUCCCAGACUGGCAACAUACAAAACGUCAUGUUCAGUGAGAGACAGAAGCCACCACCUCGACCAUCCUACCUGAACAAACGCAAGAAGAGUUCUCGGCGGAAUGUCGUCAGCCCAGUUGGAGAGGAUACUGAACCGAGUCGACUGAAGAGUGCCCGAAGCAUCCCGUCAUCCCUGCAGAGUGCCCCGAUCAGCUUGCCAGAUGAUGCAGUUUACAGCAAGUACGACAAGGCCAUUGAGGAUAUGGACAUCGAUAUGGACAAUGUAGAGACUGCAGUUGGUGUGUCUGAUGCUGUACUCAAGAGCAGAGCUUCUAGUGUGAAGUCUGUCCAAGACCUCCUGGAAGAGGCCAAGAAGAUCAGUAGUCCUGACUCCGACCCCCUGUACAAGCAGCAACAUGUCAAGUCAGCAGACAGCAAGAAACUGGGGAGCCCCACCCCGCGCAGAUCACGUAGCAGCAGGAAGGAGACACGCAAGAGUGCUGGGAAAGGUGAGAAGAGCAAAGGGAAGCUAUCAGCAAGAGAUACAGAGGAAGAAAGUGGAGGAACGUCCAGGCCUCGGUCCGAGCGGUCAGUGGAUGAGAUCAUCUCCUCCCUCAGGGACCAGUCCAGGACAGGAAUUGUGUCGGAUGCUGACCGGAGGAUCCAGGAGAUCAUGGACAGAGUGAUGUCUCGGGCCAGUGCUGUACUGAGUGAUAUAGGCGUGAAUGAAGCAAGUGAUAGCCCUGAAGUUCAUCGAGAUGGAGAUGCUGAUAACACAAGGGAGGUAACUCCUCAAACUGGCGACGAGACUUCACCUUCUGUUCCGACUCCUGACACUGAUGUCACUCUAGACGCAGAUGACCCUGACCGAGUGAAGGGAGAUCUUAGUGUACCUGACCGUAUCCCAGAAGAGGAAGAAGUACCUGAAGAUACAUCUAGUGCUCAAGUCAUGGAGCAGACCCUGCCACCCCCAGUCAUCCCUGAUGUUCCCCCACCCACAAGGACGACUGCUUCCACAUGGGAUGGCACCACCGAGGUGGACGAGGAGGAGGAAGAGGAGGCUAGGCUAGAGGAAGAACAAGCAGCAGAUGUUGGAGUUGAUAUUCGCCAGGCAUAUGAGGAUCUGCUCGCCCCACCCACAGCCACAUACGAGGACCUGGUGAAGGUGGAGGGUACACAGAAGGAACUGCAGGACCGACAGAUCCCCACCCCCUUCACCGGACCACGCCUCCCUGUCUACUCCACCUCUGUGUCCUUCCUUUCAUCAUGGGCCCCCACGACAGAAAGGAAGUAUAUGCCGACAGCUGAGAAAGAAGAUGAUGGAGGGAAGAAGAGCAUCCAUCACUUUUGUAAGAUGACAUCCGAGUUCCAGCUCCCUAAACAUUUCCAGAACAUUGGCCGGAAGUACCACACACCAGAUCAGUUUUCAUCAUCGUUCCCAGUUCAGCCAUACAGGUUUGGUGCGAUGGGUCCUUCAGUACCGGCUACAGACACUAUAGAGGAGGAGUCUGUGGAGGAGGAUGAGGCUGACCGGAUGUCAGUCAUCGCCCAGCGGGUCAUUGAUGAAGCAGGUCAGGUGGGGUCAGAGGACACGCUGGAGGCGUGGCAGCAGAGGGCGGAGGAAGUGUUUGUCGAGUGUGACAUCAGUGUAGACGGUCAGAAGAUAAGUAUAGGAUCUGAUGAGUCUCGAGUCUACUGGAACCCAGCACCGCCUAAGCUGGACAUCCCCCCAGCCAAGGUGAGGGAGGUGUUGUUCCCGGACUACCAGCGAGCAUCACUAGGACCCGAGUCUCAGCAGCUACAGGCUGUGCCAGAGUCCGACUCUGAGAGUGAGGUUGAAUCUGAACCUGAUGAAACCAAGUUGGACCCAGAAGAUGCAGCUGGUAUCGAGAGAGUCCUCCAUCGCCGGUACCACUCAACUGAGGAUGUCACAGCCUUGGUGAAGGCCAGGAAGGACUGGGAAGAGCAGGUGGUGUCCGGGAAGGUUGACCCCUACAGUGGGAGGAAGAUCCUCACCCCAAGGGAGGCAGAGGAGGGACCAGGAGAUCAGAAAGGGGACAAAGCUGUUACAUCAGCUGCAGAUGAUGAUGCUGCAACACCAUCAACACCUCACUCUGACCAUGGCCAGCAGCCAGCAAUUGAUGACAUACUUCCCCUGGUGAUGCCACUUAGAAGGUCGCAGUCACAGCCCCGGAUGAUGGUGGACGAGGAUGACACGGUGCUGGUCCCUCAGGACUUUAACACUGCCAUGAAGGAGAUCUCGGAGCAGAAGUACCAGAUCCGUCAGUUGAAGAUAAAGCAGCAGCAACAGGUCUUGUCUCCCACUAAAGAAGUGGAGGUUCGGGAGGAGGAGGUUGUGGAGGAGGAGCAGGUUGAGGCAGACAUCCUCAAGUUACCACAGACCCCUAAAGAAGAUAAGUUGACCCCAGCUGAACUUGCUCUGCUGGCCGGGAGGAACUAUGUCAUUCUGCCUAAAAAAAAGAAGUCGAAGCGCAAAGGACCCGUGGACAUGUCCAGGAUCGAGUCCGUCCAGAAGUUUCUGGCUAGCCCGUCCCCCACUGUCUCCAGGUGGGGCUCACUGCCUCGAGUCAACAGAGUCAUCGAGUGGGAACUCAGGGUGCCAAGGCAUGUGAGGUCUCAUCGCUCUAGUCUUCCAAACAUUCUGGACUUUGAGGCAUACAAAACUCAGAAGAGAUACACGCCUAGUGAAGAUGAGAGAGAGUGGGCUCGGGACAUCUGGAAUGUGUGGUUUGACCAGGUAUACCCGCCAACACCGACUGAAUCUGAUGUAGAAGAAGGCAACUAUUUUGACUUCCAGUCAGACACACACACUCAUACAGAGACAAUGUCUAUAUCCAAGGAGGAACGAGCCAAGAAGAGGAAGGAGUCCAUCACUAGUGUAUUGUCCGACACCAUCGACACUCUGGACCCACUCUCCGACACUGAGGAGAAUAUAGAAAUUAUUCAGAUUUUAAAUGAAGAGAUUGAUAAGAUGACGGCCCAAAUCGAGUCAACCGACAAGCCAUCAGCAUUUGAUCUGUGUAGACGUGGAGCUCUGUGUAGGAAGAUUGGUAAAUUGAAGAAUGCCUCUCUGGAUCUAGACAGAGCUAUACAGCUGGAGCCAUUGCUACUAGAUGCCUACUGGCACCGCCAUCUUCUGUACAUCCUCCAAGACAAAAAACAGGCAGCGCUAGAUGAUCUCAACUUUAUCAUGAAGAAAAACAAGAGACACGCUGGAGCAUACAGAUCUAUGGCUGAAAUCUAUCGACGCCAAAACGAUAUAACCAUGGCAAUUGUGAACUACACCCAAGCUCUGAAGCUAAAUCCCCAUGACCACGAGGCUUUCUUCCGCCGAGCCGAGAUGUAUGAGCAGCGUGGUGAGAUGCUGUUGGCCCUGGAGGAUUAUGGGAAGUGUACUAAACUGUUGCCAACACGCACAGAUGCCAUCAUGAAACAUGGAAUGUACUACUUCAAGAACAGGAACUGGAACAAUGCCAUCAAUGACUUCACUGAUCUGAUCCGUGUUGACCCACUGAAUGCCAUAGCUCACCUGUACCGAGGUCAGGCAUAUGCCAGUCAGAAGCUGUGGGCCCCAGCUGUGGAGGACAUGUCAGCUGCCAUCCACCUGAACCCCGAGACAUGGGAGGCCUUCUAUCACAGGGCCUGUAUACUCCGCAAGGCCCACCCAAAGCGAGCUCUACAGGACUACAGCAUGUCACUGCUCAUCAACGACACAGAGGAAAACAUCAUGUCCUACCUACACCGUGGCAUCCUCUACAGUGCCAUGGGCAAGGCUGAGGAUGCCAUCCCUGACUUUGAGAGUGUGCUGAAACUCAACAAAGAUGUUGCCUGUGCUCACGUCAACCUGGGACUUAUCUUCAUGAAGAAAUAUGAGAAUUACCACAGGGCAAUCAAGAAGUUCACCUCAGCCAUCAAGGUUGAGCCAACAUACAUCCGAGCAUAUGUAUGUCGAGGAGAAGCCUACCACAAGAUACAUGAGUUGAAGUUGGCCCUGAGGGAUUUCACACGAGCCAUUCAUCUGAGACCAGACGUCCAGCAUUACUACAUGUACAGGGGUCAGCUGGUUCUAGAGAUGGGCAACAUGGAGCUGGCAGCUUUCUGUGUCAGACAUGCCUCUGAGCUGAGUAACAACUCCACCAGCUCUCUAGGACAAAGACCCACCCAGCAGGCCAUCGUACAGUCCUUCCUCAAGAACUAUGACAAGGCUAUCGACGCUCUGAAGAACGCUACACGGGUGAAACCAGUGGGCAGUCUCUUCAUGCUGCUAGGCAAGACACAGAUGAAGGCGAAGCACUUCAAGGAUGCUAUUGACAGCUUUGAGAUGGCCCUUGUCCAGUUUAAACCAUGGCGGCCCCGAGACCCAUGGCCGCCAGAGACAGCAGAUGCACACUUUCUGUGUGGUGUGUGUCAUAACGAGCUGCGCAACUACUUCGAGGCAUAUGAAGCCUUCAACAGCGCCAUCAAAUUUGAUCCCAACUAUGCUGAGGCUUUCUACCAGCGAGGUCUGGCUAGGAUCAAACUGAAACAGUCCAAGGGCAUCCAAGACUUCAACAGGGCUCUUGCCAUCAACCCCAAGAUAUUCCAGGCCUACCUUAGUCGAGCCUGCUACUAUGGGCUGAAGGGGAACUACACUAAGGCUAUCCUCAACUGUAACGAGGCCAUCAAACUCCAGCCCAACAGUGUCAGGGCAUACCUCUACAGAGGUGCCCUGAAAUAUCACAUCAGGGCAUAUGAGCUGGCUAUCCGUGACCUGAGCAAGGCAGCCAGUAUAGACAGCACCUGUCCCCUAGCUUACUUCAACAGGGCAGUGUGCUACCAGGAGAACAGACAGUACCACAAGGCGCUGAUGGACUAUGGCAUUGUACUGCUGGUGGGAGAACAGCUCAUGUUGAAGGUGCUGAUCAACCGAGGCCUGCUGUACUUUGAGAGGGGGGACUACAGCAAUGCACUGUAUGACUUCCAAAUGGCUGCCAAGCUCAGUCCCUGGGACCAUCGCAUUCACCACACACUGGGUCUGUGUUUCCACAAACUAGGGCAACUACAGGAAGCAGUGAAGACCUUCUCCCAGUGCAUCGAGCUCAAACCCUUCUUCCUGGAUGGCCUCAUCAGCCGCGGCAACGUCUACAUGGACUACGGACACGAUGAUGGACUGAAAUAUGCCAGACGUGACUACGAGCGAGCCCUGAUCCUGGAUCCAAUGUGCCUGGCUGCCCGGGUCAAUCUAGCAUACACGAUGCAGGUAGCAGGGAAACUGAUGCAGGCCUGGAGACACUUCACGGCAGCUAUCACUGUGAAGCCAAGAUUCAAACCAGCCUUGGAAGGACGAGCUAUUGUCAACCUCCAGAUGAGCGACACCUUUGCAGCAUAUCAGGAUAUCAAUGCCUCAGUGAAGGUGUCGGCAACGGCGGAACUCCUCACCAACAGAGGUGUCAUCCAACAGUUUAUGGAUGACCGAGUGAAUGCUAUGAAGGACUACCAGGAGGCCAUCAAGCUUGAGCCAACCUACUCUCUCGCCUACUUCAACGCUGCCAACAUCUACUUCCACACCAGGCACUUCAAGCAGGCACUGGAGUACUACAGUCGUUGUAUAGAGAACAAUCCCCGAGACGAGUCCGCCUUCCUCAACCGAGCUAUCACCAAGGUACUCCUGAAGGAUGGCCAGUCUGCACUGUCCGACUUCCGUUCAGCCAUCAAGUUGAGUCCUUACUCGGCCCACAUGUACUUCAACCGCGGCAACCUGUACUCCUCCAUGCAGCAGUUCGACAGGGCAGAGAAGGACUACACUAAAGCGCUCAGUCUCCAGCCUGACGAUGCCCUGGUGUUGAAGAGACGUGCAGAUGUGCGAGGGAAGCAGGGCAAACGUGAGCAGGCUGUGGUGGACUACAGGAGAGCUAUAGAGCUGCAGACCAGACCCCAUAAACCUGCUGUGUAGAGUUGUAUCUACCCCCAGCUCUCUCAGCUUAUAGUACAUGUUUGAUAUAGCCCGAUGGCUUGUGGUACCAGUAAUUUUUGUGUGACUCCAAGCACCACCUGAGCAGAGGACAGUCUCUACCAAUUGGUCAGUGAGGUUGGACAUCUGCUAAAGAUAACAUGCAAGCUGUUUCGAAGAGAUGUAUAACAAUGGAUUGAGAGAUUGAUGUUCUGCAUAUGAAUGUCAGAAGUCAAUAAUAGGGCUGUGAUCACGUCUGGGAUAAAGCUGAGAUGCAUGAUUGCUUUUAAUAACAAUUGAUACUGAUUACAGGAAUAUACCUCCACAUGUUGUGUGUGUUAAGGUGUUGCUGUGACAUACAGUUGCACAUCAGCUCAACUGAACACCUUCGUCAUCAUGGAAUAUAGGUACUAAUGUUUCAGGUAUGAUGCAUGGCCUGUUUAUUGUUUUAAAAAUCUGUGAUAUAUGUGAUUCUGUGAUAUUGGUGUGGUCAUGGAGGAAUUAUUACCUCAACUUACUGUUCUACCUUUUACAAGUAGCAUAUUCUAUUGCCUACAUCAGGUUUUAUUGUGAUGUCAAACAAAUAUGUCUUUAAAUUGGAGUGAUCUUUAUCAGAAUAUGCUUUGUUUCUAGGCUGCAGCUGUGAGGUCUGUAAGUUAUAGUUUCAACAUGUUAAAUUACUCAACUUUUGAUGAGGAAAGUUAUAUCAUUUAUCAAAAGUUGAGUGGUUUGAUGCAUUAUGACCAAUAUUCUGCCAGUAUUAAAGGAAUGUGGUGUAAAUUGAUAAUAGCAGUUGUAAGGUUGCUAUUUCAGCAAUCACAUCAGCCAAAAUGCAUGUAUCACAUUCCACGAAAUUCCAACCAAAUAAAAUAUUCCACAUUCCGUCCCAAACAAUUUUUUACACCCCAAUUUUUUGUAUUCUUGCAUGGACAUGAAAGUUGUUAUAAUGUUCAUGUGAAGCUUUGUGUUAUAUACAGGUUUUGCUGACGGGAUUUCCUAUGAAAUACAACUUGUCAUAAUAAACAGUAUCUUUUGACACACAAAUUUAUGGGCAUUUACGAAUGUAUAUCUGUGUGUCCCUUCAAACCAUGAAAAUGAAUCCAAAAGAAAAUAUCUACCUGGAAAUCAUGGAUCCUCUCUUGAGCACAUUUUACUUUCCACUCAAAGACCACAAAUCCAUGGACCAGAAAUCUGUAUAAGGGUUGGUGGGGUGGGGUAGCGUAGACUCGUCAUGUUGACGACCCGAGUUUGAUUCCCCACAUGGGUACAAUGUUCUGGUGUCCCCCCCACCAUGAUAUUGCUAAAAGUGCCGUACAUGCAGCCCUACAUUUUGGGUAUAUGACCCAAAUUAGAAAGGCCUAUUUCAAGCUUUCAAAUGACAAUAACAAUGAUCUGCGUCACACUGUGUCGUCAUUCAUCUAAGAAGAAAAACUGACAAAUGUUGAGGAUCCAUAACCUUUAUUCAGUCAUGCAAAAUAAAUGUUAUGCUGAAAUUCAUAUUUACAUAUGUACAAAAUGACAAUGUGCUGGAUGGUUGAAAGAUAUACUAUAUGUUGGACAACUGUUUGUUGUAGAAAAGUAAAAAAUGAGUUUGUGCUUGCAA